GUGAUUGCCACUUGUGUCAACAACGCUGUGUGUUAUUAGUCAUUAGUUUAUUAUAAUUUGGAAUUGUUUCCUAAAUUUACCAAAAAGUUUUAUAAUAUUCGAGAACAAAUCUUCAGAUAUAGAAUGAAAAUGCCCCCUACUGAAAAUCAAAGUUCGCGUUUGCUUUCGACGGAAGAAAAUCUGCAAGUGUUUAAACUCUUGGGAAAUCGUUGUCAAACAAUGUGUACUACUGUUGUACAAGUUUUUACUACUCAGCCACCCCAUCACUCCCAAUGGUUCAAGAAAGACACGGGUAUUCUGUGUUUUGUGAAAGAUAAUAUCCGAAAAAAUUACUUUUUCCGAUUAUUCUGUCUGCGUAGCAACGCUUUGAUUUGGCAACACGAAAUGUAUAACAACAUGGAAUACAUGGAGUAUGCACCAUACCUUCAUGUAUUUGAAGGUGAGGAGUAUAUAGUUGCCUUUAAUUUUGUCAAUCAAGAUGAAGCGUCAGAGUUUAAAGAUAUAGUUGGACAAAAAAUACUAAUUAGGAAAAGAAGGGAGGAGAAGAAAGUCAAACAUAUGAGUCAGUCACAGACCUUAAGGCUUCCCGCUUCCAAUGAUAUCUACAAAAAGAGUCCAAAUCCUGAGGCGAAGUUAGCCAAACGUAGAAGAAACAUCACCAAAGCUGAUAUUAGUACCCCUAUGAAUUUUCAACAUAUUUCGCAUGUAGGUUGGAGUCCGGAAUCCGGAUAUGAUAUAAAUAGUGAAGAUGAACAGCUAAAAAAAUUUUUUGAAAAGGCAGGUGUUUCUGAAAAGCAACUUCAGGAUAAGGACACUAGGGAAUUUAUCUAUGAUUUUAUUAAUAAACAUGGUGGCCUCGCUCGGUUAGAAGAUCCUAAUACACACUUAAGUGAUGGUGGUCCACCUCCUGCUGUUCCUCCAAGGGGUCCUAUUAGACAGACUAGAGCUGCGCCUCCACCUCCACCAGUUUUACAUAGAGUUGAUAGCCCCAGAGUACAUUCAGAUGCUCUGCCUAGAAAGCCACGACCGCCUUCACCGCCCAAAACUGUGCCAAACAAUUUUACUGCUGCACCACCACCACCUCCACCUCCCCCACCUCCACCGAUGGAUAUACCCGUUGCGCCAUCUAUAGAUAUUAAUGGUCAUGCACCUACUCCUCCACCUCCUAUGAUCAACAAUGCCGCUCUGAUGGAAAGUAUUAGAAAUGGUGCUAGUCUAAAGCCAGUUGAAGGAAAAAUUACGCCACCGGAGGAUGAGGCUCGUGGCGAUUUGUUAAGUGAAAUUCGCAAGGGUAUAAAAUUAAAACCAGCGGAUGAAAGAGAAAUUAAACCCACUAUGAACACCUCAUUAAAAGAGUCUGCCCCAGGAAAUGAUUUGGCUACUGCUUUAGCGAAAGCUCUAGCUGGUAUGUAUAACAAUGGUUAAAAUAUUGUGAAAAAA